UGACGUUUGGUGUCCUCUGAAAAAAAUUCCUAAUUCUUUGAAGUUGAUGAAAGCUGUGAUUCUGCUAGGUCACAGUGCAAAAGAAGUGAGAAAUAUUUUGUUUUGCAUGUACCUACAUUUUAUAGCCAGUUAAAUUUGAUUGAAACUUACCUGCCUAGAAACUACUCAAAUAAUUGUUUUAAAUAAGCAGAAUAUAUAACACAAUCUCCAAUUAAUUCACUAUUACUCCACAGUCCUGGAAAAGUACAAUUAAGAUAUUAGACUCCGUACCCAGAUUCCCAGAUAGAAAUUUGUUGGACGUUGGGUCAUUUCUGAGUUAUCACUAAAUAUGAAUCAUGGCACUAUUUAUUUUGCUUUCUUUUGAAUCUAAGCAGCCAUCUUACACCCACUCACACUGUGUAGCCUCCACUACCUUUCUCUUCUCAACAACGAUCAAAGAAUAUCGGGUUUCGGGCAGAAACUUUGCCAGAUAUCUUGUUUGCUGGUCCUGUUUGGCACGUGCUUGGCGAAUCCACCGAUCUCGUCCUCCAGAUUGCUUUGAACAAACUUAAAACCCUCACUAAGAAUAUUUCACUACAGCCUCCGUGCAUCGCUUCUUUCGGUGCCUGCAUGGACCGAUCCCGGCGAUGGAGAGCUGUGCGGGAGUUGCUGUGCAGCUUUUACGCGGAAGUGCUGCCGCUGGAAGUCUUUGUGCGGCACUUGCAGAUGCGAACUCUUGCAAAGGACCAACCGCAGCCUCUUGUGCAGGACGGGGAUCCCGGGAGCUACUGUACCCUGGUCGCCCAGUGCCUCGUGGGGCGGCUGGCUGCGUGCAAGGCCCUCCCUGCCUAUUUCGGCGUCCAGCAGGUUUCCUGUCAGGAUGAUGUCCUUACACGGAUCAUUCAGAGAAUUUGUCAAAAGAAGAAAAAGAAUGUGUUGACAUUUGGUUAUACCCUAUUGAAUGAAAAUAAUUACCAGUUGCCCUGUAUGCCAAAUAUUGGUAGCUAUAUGCCUAACCAUUCAACAGAAACUAUUCGACAGAAUGUGCUCUGGGAGAUCAUUCUAAACAGAGUUGGGGAUGACAUUAUGAUGUAUAUAUUAGAGCAUUGUGCUCUCUUUCUCCUUGUGCCUCCUAAUUGCUGUUACCAAAUUUGUGGAGAGCCCAUCUAUGAGCUUGCUUCAAGAAAUGUAACACGGCCUCCAAAAUUUAUUAGACAGAGGAUUCAUGGCCCUUCGCCUUGUAUCCUAACAACUUACCUCCGUAAAAGGUUUCAGUCUUGUAGGUGGUAUCCCAGAAAAACAAAGUGGAAGAAAUGGAAUUCUGAAAGGCAGAAAUGGAAUGAACCACAGCAACACAACAGUCAGCGGUCUUCAGUAGCUCAAAAUGCUUCUGGCCAAACCCCUACAAAGAAAAAGCAAUUUAUGAGAACCGGUGAGCACAUAGAAAAGCAACAAAAGCCCUCUCUUAACCCAUCAUUAAGAACACAGUGUUUAAAAAGAAAGUGGACAGGCCAGUGUGAUAUUAAUGCCAAGAAAAUAAAAAUAAUGAUAAAGGAGGACAAUAUAGAAAAUAACUCAAGAAACCCAGAUUCUAGAAAAAAACAAAAUCAGUUGAUUUUAGAUUCUGAUAAACCUGAGACUUCUAGAAUAUGUAUACAAUCGUGUUCAAAAGGAUUAACUCUUAUGAACUCAGUUCCUCAGAAUGGUGGAGUACAAAUAUCUGAGGUAACUAGUGCAGCUAAUGACAAUCAAGGGGCUUUAGUGUGUGAAAAGCAAGAUAGUAUAAGUAAAACAUUUUGUGAAUCCAAUCUGCAACCAACAUGCAAUGCUAAACUGCCAAAGCUGGUAACUAGAACCUCUGAUAUUAGUUCUGUGCGGCUGGGGCUUGCAAAAACGGUUUUACCAGAAAAAGAUCUUGGAAUUUGCUCAUCUAAAUCUGUCGGGAAAUCUUACAAUAGCAUUUCUGUAGUGCAUAUUGAGAGACAUUCUCUCUUAUAUUCUUACCAGCGUUUGAAAGAGUGUUUACCUAAGUCGUUUGUGUUAAAUCACUUGAAGGGCCAUCCAGCAGGAGGACAACGCUUAGUAGAACAAGUGUUCUUCAGCAGUAAGAUUCUGAAGCAGCCUGGCAGUUCUAGCGUUCAAAGUGGUCCCAAGAAAAAGAAGAGGCUUCCAAAACGCUAUUGGCAGAUGAGAAGUGUGUUCCAAGAACUCUUACGGAACCAUGCAAAGUGUCCUUAUCAAACAAUAUUAAAAAAGAAUUGUCCCAUUUCAGUUUCUGAACCAGAUACGAUAAGCCUAGGAGAGCAGAGUUGCAAACAAACUGGUCACCAAGCAGAGGAAAUUUCAUCAAAGAGGCAGCAGGAUAAUCCAGUAGAAGGUUGCAUCGCAAGCAGGUCAGGUGCCUUGAACCCAUUUUCAGAAAUGGGGGCUUCAAGCAGACGCUCUGAAAGAACCGAAUUAUCUAGAAAAAAAGAUAAGGAGCAGGUCUUCCAAGAUUCCUCCAGUUCUGAUUUCAUAGCGUUGCUGAAGCAAUAUAGCAGUCACUGGCAAGUAUAUACUUUUGUGAGGGGAUGCUUAGAGAGAGUGGUGCCUCCUGCGCUUUGGGGUUCGAACCACAACAAGUGCCGUUUCUACAGAAAUGUGAAGAAGUUUAUCUCCUUGGGGAAGUUUGCCAUGUUUUCUUUGGAGGAAUUGACAUGGAAAAUGAGGGUCAGUGAUUGUGCUUGGCUUCGUCUCAGCAAAGAAAGUGGCCAUUCUGUUCCUGCCUCUGAACAUCGCUUUCGGGAAGAGCUGAUGUCUAAAUUCCUGUACUGGUUGAUGGGCUGCUAUGUUUCAGAGCUCCUCCGAUCUUUCUUCUAUAUCACAGAGACAGCAUUUCAAAAAAAUUUACUUUUUUACUUCCGAAAGACUGUUUGGAGCAAACUACAGAGCAUUGGAAUCAGGAGCCAUCUAGCCAAAGUGCAGCUUCAUCCUUUAUUAAAGGAAGAUAUUGAACAUUUGCAGCACAGAAACUGUGUCCCCCUGGCAUCAAAACUCCGAUUCAUCCCCAAACCAAAUGGGUUGAGACCAGUAGUCAAGCUGCAUGAUGUGGUCGGAGCAGAAACAUUUUGCAGAAACAGCAGAGACAAACAGGCCCAACAUUUCAAUAUGCGGCUUAAAAAUGUAUUUAGUGUUCUUAAUUAUGAACGACUGAAGAACCCUAUUUUACUUGGCUCAACUGUGUUUGGAAAAGAUGACAUUUACAUAACGUGGAAGAAGUUCAUUUCAAAGGUUUUGGAAUCGUAUGCUGAAAUGCCUAAAUUCUACUUUGUGAAGGCUGAUGUCACAGGUGCUUACGACACUCUUCCCCAUGAUAAACUGGUAGAAGUGAUUUUACAGGCUCUUGCACCCGAGAGGAACACCACUUACAGCAUACGACGCUAUGCAGCAAUCAUGAGGACUGGAAAUGGAUGUAUAAAGAAAUAUUACAGAAGACAUGUCUCAACUUACAAUGAGUUUAUAGAUGGAAUGAAACAGUUUGUAUCUCACCUUCAACAGAACACUUCGCUGAGAAAUGCUAUAAUCGUUGAACAGAGUGUUUUUCUGAAGGAAAGCAGUUCUAGCCUCCGUGAGUUUUUCUUGCAAUUGAUCCAUAAUAAUAUCCUGAAGAUUAAGGACAGGUACUAUGUGCAGCGCUGUGGAAUUCCCCAGGGCUCCAUUUUAUCAACUCUGCUUUGCAACCUCUGCUAUGGAGACAUGGAGAAUAAGUUACUGCGCAAUGUGCAAAAGGACGGAGUACUGAUGCGUUUAACGGAUGAUUUUCUGCUUGUUACACCUCAUUUAGAACAAGCAAAAACAUUUCUGAGGACUCUAGCCAAAGGCAUUCCAGAGUAUGGCUUUGUUAUAAAUCCAUCUAAGACUGUGGUGAAUUUUCCAGUGGAUGAAAAUGUUCCAGGUUGCUUGGAGUUCAAACAAUUACCAGCUCAUUGUGUUAUCCCAUGGUGUGGAUUAUUAAUUAAUACACAGACUCUUGAAAUUUACUGCGAUUACUCCAGUUAUGCUUAUACAACUAUCAGGUCUAGCCUGACUUUCAACUCUACUAGAAAAGCUGGUGUGAACAUGAGAAACAAAUUGCUUGCAGUCUUGCAGCUAAAAUGUCAUCCUUUAUUUAUAGAUUUACAGAUCAAUAGCCUUAGGACAGUAUGCAUUAAUAUUUACAAGAUACUACUUCUGCAGGCCUACAGAUUUCAUGCCUGUAUUCUCCAGCUCCCAUUUCAUCACCACAUCAAAAAUAACCCACGUUUCUUCCUGACAAUCAUCUCCGAUAGUGCUUCAUGCAGCUUCUCUGUUCUAAAAGCUAAAAAUGCAGGUAGUUCAGUUCCACUGUCUUACAAAGCAGUUCAGUGGCUCUCCUACCAUGCCUUCAGCACUAAAUUGGCAAAUCACAAGGUGAUUUACAAGUGUCUUCUUGGACCUCUCAGACAGUGUAAAUUACAAUUGACUCGGCAAAUUCCAAAAACUACCAUGCAACUGCUUAUUGAAGUAAUACAGCCAUCAUUAUAUGAAGAUUUCAAAGCCAUCUUGGAUUAGCUCUAUAAAGCAACUUUCUUCUUCAAAUUUGCCUUCCAUUUGCUUAAUUUGUCUGCCCACUUGAGAUAUUUUUUUUUCUACCAGGAGCUGUAUUAAGGUGUUUUUUUUUUAAAGCUUUGCCUUGUUUCUUUUAGUGAAACUUGCAAUGUGAUUAUUGGUGGUGAACUGUAAAAUAUUUGCCCCACCUUUUGGAAAGAAAGCUCAAAAUGAAUGUUCUUGAUAAGUGGUUCAAAGCAAGAACAUUACAUGAUAUUAUAGCACAAGGCUGUUAAACUCCCGGCCUGCAGGCCAGAUGUGUCACAAAUUGGCCAUGCCCACGCCUGGUUUAGCGAAGGGAGGAAAGUCCUGAUAUGUCACGUCAUGAUGACAUGAGUUUGACACCCCCGUUAUAGCACAACUGUUUAGACUAAAAGGUUGUAGGUUUAAUUUUGUGGAUUACUGAAAGAUUAAGACAAUUUUGGCAACAGUUUUUACAUCAUCACAAAGUAUGUUUUUCACAAAAUAAAAAAUAUAUCUAAUUGGAACUGGUGGGGUUUUUUUAAUAGGAGAAAAUUAAUGUAAUCUAAAUGUGGUGAGCCAGCUGUCUCUUCUGGUGUCAUGCCUAAAGUGUAAUGUAUGGUUGUCAAAAACUAUAUUCCAUCCUCUAAAUCUUGAUCAGAAGAAUGCUAAAUGUUAUAUAAUGAGCAUUAUCGAAACCAAGUUGCUUCCCUUAAAUUCUGAUGAAUCACCCUGCUGGAAUAUGCUAGAUAAAUCUGAGAUGAGGCUAUGCACUCAAGCAUACAGAUUCAAGAUUAAGCUGUAGUUUUAUUGCUGACAUUAAGACUAUAUAAGACUAUAUCAGCAAAAUCAUUAUCCCUUUUCUUUGUACACUGUUGACAUAAUAGGAAGCUCCGUUGUUAGGCUAACUGCUAAAGAAAUUGUAGAACUCUAUUGGUGUUUACUGUACCAUUCUUCAUAAUAAGUAGUCUUUAGGACUAAAUAAUCCUUGUCAAAGUAAUUGGUGUACUGUAGCUCUGGCUAGAUUGCCAUAUAAAAUUCAGUUCCAAUUCAUGCUCGUCUUUCCGCAAAUAAUAGAUAAUGUUCCCUGGAUAUAAGGAAGCUAGUUUGGGCAAAGGUUCAG